AGGGCGCCCGGCGCGCCUCGGAGCGCAAGUUCCUCGCCUUCUCCUGCCCGCUCGCUGGGCAUUAUGCGGCCAAGCAGCCGAGCCCCAGUCCUCCUCCUCCUCCUGCUCCUCCGGCUCCUCCUGCGGCCCGAGCGGCUCAGCUCUCGGCAGGCGGCGGCGUUGCUCAGCCGAGCGCAGACGGGACCCUCGCAGCGAGACCUCAGCGACUCCUAAAGUCAAAAGUUGGCGGCGGGCGCCGGGCUCCGCGCGCUCUUCACGGCCGCUGCCUCGCGUCGCCGCCGCAGCCAAGGAGGGCAGGAGGGAGGGGGGUGGGGGCAGCGGAGGGAGGGGUGGGAAGCACCAUGCAGUUUGUAUCCUGGGCCACACUGCUAACGCUCCUGGUGCGGGACCUGGCCGAGAUGGGGAGCCCAGACGCCGCGGCGGCCGUGCGCAAGGACAGGCUGCACCCGAGGCAAGUGAAAUUAUUAGAGACCCUGAGCGAAUACGAAAUCGUGUCUCCCAUCCGAGUGAACGCUCUCGGAGAACCCUUUCCCACGAACGUCCACUUCAAAAGAACGCGACGGAGCAUUAACUCGGCCACUGACCCCUGGCCUGCCUUCGCCUCCUCCUCUUCCUCCUCUACCUCCUCCCAGGCGCAUUACCGCCUCUCUGCCUUCGGCCAGCAGUUUCUAUUUAAUCUCACCGCCAAUGCCGGAUUUAUCGCUCCACUGUUCACUGUCACCCUCCUCGGGACGCCCGGGGUGAACCAGACCAAGUUUUAUUCCGAAGAGGAAGCGGAACUCAAGCACUGUUUCUACAAAGGCUAUGUCAAUACCAACUCCGAGCACACGGCCGUCAUCAGCCUCUGCUCAGGAAUGCUGGGCACAUUCCGGUCUCAUGAUGGGGAUUAUUUUAUUGAACCACUACAGUCUAUGGAUGAACAAGAAGAUGAAGAGGAACAAAACAAACCCCACAUCAUUUAUAGGCGCAGCGCCCCCCAGAGAGAGCCCUCAACAGGAAGGCAUGCAUGUGACACCUCAGAACACAAAAAUAGGCACAGUAAAGACAAGAGGAAAACCAGAGCAAGAAAACGGGGAGAAAGGAUUAACCUGGCUGAUGACGUAGCAGCAUUAAACAGCGGCUUAGCAACAGAGGCAUUUUCUGCUUAUGGUAAUAAGACGGACAACACAAGAGAAAAGAGGACCCACAGAAGGACAAAACGUUUUUUAUCCUAUCCACGGUUUGUAGAAGUCUUGGUGGUGGCAGACAACAGAAUGGUUUCAUACCAUGGAGAAAACCUUCAACACUAUAUUUUAACUUUAAUGUCAAUUGUAGCCUCUAUCUAUAAAGACCCAAGUAUUGGAAAUUUAAUUAAUAUUGUUAUUGUGAACUUAAUUGUGAUUCAUAAUGAACAGGAUGGGCCUUCCAUAUCUUUUAAUGCUCAGACAACAUUAAAAAACUUUUGCCAGUGGCAGCAUUCGAAGAACAGUCCAGGUGGAAUCCAUCAUGAUACCGCUGUUCUCUUAACAAGACAGGAUAUCUGCAGAGCUCACGACAAAUGUGAUACCUUAGGGCUGGCUGAACUGGGAACCAUUUGUGAUCCCUAUAGAAGCUGUUCUAUUAGUGAAGAUAGUGGAUUGAGUACAGCUUUUACGAUCGCCCAUGAACUGGGCCAUGUGUUUAACAUGCCUCAUGAUGACAACAACAAAUGUAAAGAAGAAGGAGUUAAGAGUCCCCAGCAUGUCAUGGCUCCAACACUGAACUUCUACACCAACCCCUGGAUGUGGUCAAAGUGUAGUCGAAAAUAUAUCACUGAGUUUUUAGACACUGGUUAUGGCGAGUGUUUGCUUAACGAACCUGAAUCCAGACCCUACCCUUUGCCUGUCCAACUGCCAGGCAUCCUUUACAACGUGAAUAAACAAUGUGAAUUGAUUUUUGGGCCAGGUUCUCAGGUGUGCCCAUAUAUGAUGCAGUGUAGACGGCUCUGGUGCAAUAACGUCAAUGGAGUACACAAAGGCUGCCGGACUCAGCACACACCCUGGGCCGAUGGGACGGAGUGCGAGCCUGGAAAGCACUGCAAGUAUGGAUUUUGUGUUCCCAAAGAAAUGGAUGUCCCCGUGACAGAUGGAUCCUGGGGAAGUUGGAGUCCCUUUGGAACCUGCUCCAGAACAUGUGGAGGGGGCAUCAAAACAGCCAUUCGAGAGUGCAACAGACCAGAACCAAAAAAUGGUGGAAAAUACUGUGUAGGACGUAGAAUGAAAUUUAAGUCCUGCAACACGGAGCCAUGUCUCAAGCAGAAGCGAGACUUCCGAGAUGAACAGUGUGCUCACUUUGACGGGAAGCAUUUUAACAUCAACGGUCUGCUUCCCAAUGUGCGCUGGGUCCCUAAAUACAGUGGAAUUCUGAUGAAGGACCGGUGCAAGUUGUUCUGCAGAGUGGCAGGGAACACAGCCUACUAUCAGCUUCGAGACAGAGUGAUAGACGGAACUCCUUGUGGCCAGGACACGAAUGAUAUCUGUGUCCAGGGCCUUUGCCGGCAAGCUGGAUGCGAUCAUGUUUUAAACUCAAAAGCCCGGCGAGAUAAGUGUGGGGUUUGUGGUGGCGAUAAUUCUUCAUGCAAAACAGUGGCAGGAACAUUUAAUACAGUACAUUAUGGUUACAAUACUGUGGUCCGAAUUCCAGCUGGUGCUACCAAUAUUGAUGUGCGGCAGCACAGUUUCUCAGGGGAAACAGACGAUGACAACUACUUAGCUUUAUCAAGCAGUAAAGGUGAAUUCUUGCUAAAUGGAAACUUUGUUGUCACAAUGGCCAAAAGGGAAAUUCGCAUUGGGAAUGCUGUGGUAGAGUACAGUGGGUCCGAGACUGCCGUAGAAAGAAUUAACUCAACAGAUCGCAUUGAGCAAGAACUUUUGCUUCAGGUUUUGUCAGUGGGAAAGUUGUACAACCCCGAUGUACGCUAUUCUUUCAAUAUUCCAAUUGAAGAUAAACCUCAACAGUUUUACUGGAACAGUCAUGGGCCAUGGCAAGCAUGCAGUAAACCCUGCCAAGGGGAACGGAAACGAAAACUUGUUUGCACCAGGGAAUCUGAUCAGCUUACUGUUUCUGAUCAAAGAUGCGAUUGGCUGCCCCAGCCUGGACACAUUACUGAACCCUGCGGCACAGACUGUGACCUGAGGUGGCAUGUUGCCAGCAGGAGUGAAUGUAGUGCCCAGUGUGGCUUGGGUUACCGCACAUUGGACAUCUACUGUGCCAAAUAUAGCAGGCUGGAUGGGAAGACUGAGAAGGUUGAUGAUGGUUUUUGCAGCAGCCAUCCCAAACCAAGCAACCGUGAAAAAUGCUCAGGGGAAUGUAACACGGGUGGCUGGCGCUAUUCUGCCUGGACUGAAUGUUCUAAAAGCUGUGACGGUGGGACCCAGAGGAGAAGGGCUAUUUGUGUCAAUACCCAAAAUGAUGUACUGGAUGACAGCAAAUGCACACAUCAAGACAAAGUUACCAUUCAGAGGUGCAGUGAGUUCCCUUGUCCACAGUGGAAAUCUGGAGACUGGUCAGAGUGCUUGGUCACCUGUGGAAAAGGGCAUAAGCACCGCCAGGUCUGGUGUCAGUUUGGUGAAGAUCGAUUAAAUGAUAGAAUGUGUGACCCUGAGACCAAGCCAACAUCUAUGCAGACUUGUCAGCAGCCGGAAUGUGCAUCCUGGCAGGCGGGUCCCUGGGGACAGAAUGUUAUGGGGAAAGUAAGGGAAAGAGAAGAUUUGCUGAAUUGUAUAUACCUUUUGUCCUCCUUCUUCCAGUGCAGUGUCACUUGUGGACAGGGAUACCAGCUAAGAGCAGUGAAAUGCAUCAUUGGGACUUAUAUGUCAGUGGUAGAUGACAAUGACUGUAAUGCAGCAACUAGACCAACUGAUACCCAGGACUGUGAAUUACCAUCUUGUCAUCCUCCCCCAGCUGCCCCGGAAACGAGGAGAAGCACAUACAGUGCACCAAGAACCCAGUGGCGAUUUGGGUCUUGGACCCCAUGCUCAGCCACUUGUGGGAAAGGUACCCGGAUGAGAUAUGUCAGCUGCCGAGAUGAGAAUGGCUCUGUGGCUGACGAGAGUGCCUGUGCUACCCUGCCUAGACCAGUGGCAAAGGAAGAAUGUUCUGUGACACCCUGUGGGCAAUGGAAGGCCUUGGACUGGAGCUCUUGCUCUGUGACCUGUGGGCAAGGUAGGGCAACCCGGCAAGUGAUGUGUGUCAACUACAGUGACCACGUGAUCGAUAGGAGCGAGUGUGACCAGGAUUACAUCCCAGAAACUGACCAGGACUGUUCCAUGUCACCAUGCCCUCAAAGGACCCCAGACAGUGGCUUAGCUCAGCACCCCUUCCAAAAUGAGGACUAUCGUCCCCGGAGCGCCAGCCCCAGCCGCACCCAUGUGCUCGGUGGAAACCAGUGGAGGACUGGCCCCUGGGGAGCAUGUUCCAGUACCUGUGCUGGCGGAUCCCAGCGGCGUGUUGUUGUAUGUCAGGACGAAAAUGGAUACACCGCAAACGACUGUGUGGAGAGAAUAAAACCUGAUGAGCAAAGAGCCUGUGAAUCCGGCCCUUGUCCUCAGUGGGCUUAUGGCAGCUGGGGAGAGUGCACUAAGCUGUGUGGUGGAGGCAUAAGAACAAGACUGGUGGUCUGUCAGCGGUCCAACGGUGAACGGUUUCCAGAUUUGAGCUGUGAAAUUCUUGAUAAACCUCCCGAUCGUGAGCAGUGUAACACACAUGCUUGUCCACACGACGCUGCAUGGAGUACUGGCCCUUGGAGCUCGUGUUCUGUCUCUUGUGGUCGAGGGCAUAAACAACGAAAUGUUUACUGCAUGGCAAAAGAUGGAAGCCAUUUAGAAAGUGAUUACUGUAAGCACCUGGCUAAGCCACAUGGGCACAGAAAGUGCCGAGGAGGAAGAUGCCCCAAAUGGAAAGCUGGCGCUUGGAGUCAGUGCUCUGUGUCCUGUGGCCGAGGCGUACAGCAGAGGCAUGUGGGCUGUCAGAUCGGAACACACAAAAUAGCCAGAGAGACCGAGUGCAACCCAUACACCAGACCGGAGUCGGAACGCGACUGCCAAGGCCCACGGUGUCCCCUCUACACUUGGAGGGCAGAGGAAUGGCAAGAAUGCACCAAGACCUGCGGCGAAGGCUCCAGGUACCGCAAGGUGGUGUGUGUGGAUGACAACAAAAACGAGGUGCAUGGUGCACGCUGUGACUUGAGCAAGCGGCCGGCGGACCGUGAAAGCUGUAGUUUGCAACCCUGCGAGUAUGUCUGGAUCACAGGAGAAUGGUCAGAGUGCUCAGUGACCUGUGGAAAAGGCUACAAACAAAGGCUUGUCUCGUGCAGCGAGAUUUACACCGGGAAGGAGAAUUAUGAAUACAGCUACCAAACCACCAUCAACUGCCCAGGCACGCAGCCCCCCAGUGUUCACCCCUGUUACCUGAGGGAGUGCCCUGUCUCGGCCACCUGGAGAGUUGGCAACUGGGGGAGCUGCUCAGUGUCUUGUGGUGUUGGAGUGAUGCAGAGAUCUGUGCAAUGUUUAACCAAUGAGGACCAACCCAGCCACUUAUGCCACACUGAUCUGAAGCCAGAAGAACGAAAAACCUGCCGUAAUGUCUAUAACUGUGAGUUACCCCAGAAUUGCAAGGAGGUAAAAAGACUCAAAGGUGCCAGUGAAGAUGGUGAAUAUUUCCUGAUGAUUAGAGGAAAGCUUCUGAAGAUAUUCUGUGCGGGGAUGCACUCUGACCACCCCAAAGAGUACGUGACACUGGUGCAUGGAGACUCUGAGAAUUUCUCCGAGGUUUAUGGGCACAGGUUACACAACCCAACAGAAUGUCCCUAUAACGGGAGCCGGCGCGAUGACUGCCAAUGUCGGAAGGAUUACACGGCCGCUGGGUUUUCCAGUUUUCAGAAAAUCAGAAUAGACCUGACCAGCAUGCAGAUAAUCACCACUGACUUACAGUUUGCAAGGACAAGCGAAGGACAUCCCGUCCCUUUUGCCACAGCCGGGGAUUGCUACAGCGCUGCCAAGUGCCCACAGGGUCGUUUUAGCAUCAACCUUUAUGGAACCGGCUUGUCUUUAACUGAAUCUGCCAGAUGGAUAUCACAAGGGAAUUAUGCUGUCUCUGACAUCAAGAAGUCGCCGGAUGGUACCCGAGUCGUAGGGAAAUGCGGUGGUUACUGUGGGAAAUGCACUCCAUCCUCUGGUACUGGCCUGGAGGUGCGAGUUUUAUAGCUAAGGUGCUUUGAAGAGGAAGCCAUUAUGGAUGGAUGAAGGAUAGUAAUGCAAUACCUCCACCUUAAUUUGGGUGCAUGUGUAUGUGUGUGUGUGUUUGUGUGUGACUUGUAUGCUUGUGUGUGUAAAUGUGUGUACAUAUACAUAUAUACAUAUAUACACAUACAUAUAUACAGAUAUAUGUAUGUAUAUAUGUAGACUAUCCUAAUGAUGUAAAGUUUAAUAUUUAUGUUUGAAAUUAUUUAUUGUGAUGUAAUAUUUUUGUAUGUAAAAUGAUUCUAUUAUGACUGCCUUUGCAUGUAGUAAUAUGACAAAGUGAUCCUUCAUUAUCACGGUACACUAUUGUUUACUUUUCAUCUGUAAAUGUUUUAUUGUUACUUUUUUAAAAUGAAUUUUUUUAAAACAAUCUAGCCAUCAUCAAGGUGCUAUAAGAGUUGUAUAAAAGAUAUUUUUGGCAUUUCUAGGCAAGUAUCAGCCAAUAAGUAUGUUAGUGAUAUCACAGAUUGUACCAACUAUUAACUAUGUUAAAUAAGUAUUCAGUUUCAUGUGAUCUCUGGGAAAAAAAUAUGCUGCCUUGGUGCUAAUAUUGUAUGUAUUUAAAUGAUCAUCCGACUCAGAAAUAUAAACACUUUUAAUGAAAGGGAGGAACAGAAGGACAAUUUCCAGUGCACAGAAUCACUUGGAUGAAAUAAGACCAGCUCUUUACCCUUAUUUUUGGAUAUGCCUUUUUUGGAAGAGACUUAGACUUUAUCCUUAUUGUUGUUAGUGUUGUUAAUAUUCGUUGCUUCAGCCCACGGUGCCUUGGUCUCUCCACAAUCAAAUGGAGGAUCCCCCAAGCAGCUUCAUUACAGAGUGAUAUUGGGAAAGUGAGAUCCUCUCACCAUUUUGCCAAGAUACUCUAAAAUGACAUCCAAGUUUACCAGUAGAAAGACACAGGAUGCACAGAAUGGGCGUGACCUUCAGCUCACGAGCACACCUGGAGAAAUUCAGAACCAGGUUCUGAAUCAUCACAAUUGCCUUUUGCAUGAAAACAUCGGCUGGUGAUGUGACUUCUCUUCAGGCCAUGAGCCUAACACCCUGCCGGUUUUCAUGCCCGCUGCAGUAAUGGACGUUUGUGUGAAGAAAUGAACUGUGGAGUACAAAAUGCUUUGAGUCUUUCCGAUUGCUCAUUAAUUCACUUUUUUGUUACUUCUUUCCAAAAUGGAAGUGCUGAAGCCAUGGUCUUUCUGCCCCUCCAAGCUGAUGAAGGGAAGCCUUUGCCAAUGGCCCAUGGAAGACACUUGGUUUGAGAAACCCUGCCCACUUCCAAAGACCAAAGAGAUUAGGAAAAGCCUGGCAGUAUUCUCCAACUCCAAACAAGCUCUAGAGUGCUCCAGGAAAAGUUAUAUUCAGUAUAUGAAUAAGUGUUAUUCUCCAUUAUUAAUGUGUUCUGAAAAUAUAUUAUGAAUAAAUACAUCACCACACCCAAA